UGGAGCGAUCAUUUGGGAAAUCUAUUCGAAUCAAUUCCAUCUAACGAUAGAGCAAGUUCUAAAAGUUUUAUUGGGAGUUACACGAUAAAACGGGGCUUCGAAGUACCCUUGUUUGCGUUUGAUUACGAGAUUUAUGGGCCUAAACAAGGUGUUAUAACAAGUCUUCCUUUUAUUAUUGCAUUAUUGACGAUCGAUCGCCUUAUUCGGCCUGCUUUAUUCUUGCUAAAUGCCGAGCACAAUGCCAACCCUUGUUCAUCGAAGCAGAAUUUAAACAUUUAGCCUCAAAUUGCUUGUUGCCCGUCACCUGAAGUCAUCACGCGUGCUGACGUAACUUAUCUGGGUGAACCUUUACUCCUACACGCGAUGGACCAGUUCAGCCAGCUUGUUGUGUUAAUCACGUUUGUGGCUUACAAAUCACUCAAAGUCCGCGUUUUAUCUAUUGUCGUUCUUCUCUGCAGUGAUUAUUCACUAAUGAAGCUACAGAGUAUAUCAUGCCGCAUUAUAUUUGUUGAAAUGCAAGGGCGUUGGUUUGCUUAGGGACGAUAGGGGCAUAACACUAUUAACUUUUCAAGAUGCUGAAAUUGUCCCCACCAACUUUUAAGCAACCUCAUUUCAUUAUAUAAAGUAUUCAGAUAUACUCGUCCUUCAAAAAAAUUAGCAUAUUGUUCAUUAUUUUCUGUAAUAUACUGAUAAACAUUAGACUUUUAUAUAUUUUAGAUUCAUUACACACAACUGAAGUAGUUCAAGCCUAUUAUUGUUUUAAUAUUGAUGAUUUUGGCAAAAAAGUCAAGAAAAAACAAAAAAAUCCAUAUCUCAAAAAAUGAGCAUAUUUCAUCCGACCAAUACAAAAAAGUGUUUUUCAAUACAAAAAAAAAGUCAACCUUCAAUUAAUUAUGUCAGCUAUGCACUCAAUACUUGGUCGGGAAUCCUUUUGCAGAAAUGACUGCUUGAAUGCGGCGUGGCAUGGAGGUAAUCAGCCUGUGGCACUGCUGAGGUGUUAUGGACCCCCAGGAUGCUUUGAUAGCGGCCUUAAAGGUUGCAGAGACGAAUCCGAUGCAACGAACAUUCUUCUAAAGGUGACGAGGAGAGUUAUGAACCUUUCUUUGGUGUUUUGGGUUAUCAAUUUGAGCCCAAACGACAGCCAAUGCAGCCUAAUGAAAGGAUCAUUGAAAGGAGCAAUCACACUGAUGAAACACCGGCUACAUCGGCUGGGAAACACCGAAUGGCUCCAGCGUGGGCCUUCAUCCUGAGUGCCAUGGGCCUGUUCUUGUACCAGUCUCUGGACGCCAUCGACGGCAAACAGGCGCGCAGGACCAACAGCAGCUCGGCCCUCGGCGAGCUAUUCGACCACGGCUGUGACGCCGUCUCCACAGUGUUUGUCGCUGUGGGAACGUGCAUCUCCUGUGGCCUAGGCAGAUACCCUCACUGGAUAUUCUUCUGCGGCUUCAUCGGGAUGUUUAUGUUCUUCUGCGCGCACUGGCAAACCUACGUCUCCGGCACGCUUCGUUUCGGCCUGGUAGACGUCACCGAGGCUCAGUUUGCCAUCAUGACUAUGUACCUGAUGUCCGCCUUCGGGGGGGUGAGCCUUUGGCAAACCACGUUUCCAGUCAUUGGAGUAAAGCUGUACGCCCUCCCCAUCAUUGGCAUUAGCGGCGGGGCCCUCUACUCUUGCCACAACUACUUCCACGUCAUUCUCAAUGGCGGCGUGGGCAAAAACGGAUCCACCGUGGCGGACACCAGCGUGCUAAGUCCCAGUUUGCACAUCGGCCUCAUCCUCACGCUGGCCUUCAUCAUCUUCAAGAAGUCGUCCAGUCAGCUCUUUGAGCACCACCCCUGCCUCUACCUGCUUGCCUUCGGGAUGGUUAUCGCCAAGAUCUCCAACAAGCUCGUUGUGGCUCACAUGACAAAGAGUGAGCUCAACCUCGCAGACACAGCAUUUAUCGGUCCGGGGCUCCUCUUCCUCAACCAGUACUUUAACAGCUUCAUCCACGAGCAUGUAGUCCUCUGGAUCGCCAUGGUGCUGUCCCUAGUGGACUUGGCACGUUACUGCACGGGCGUUUGCCACCAGAUCGCCGGCCACCUGCGCAUCCAUGUCUUUAGCAUCACGCCGUCCGGCCCCGCCCACCGCGACUGACAACUUGCCCGGCGGGAGGAGGCGGGGGGAGACGUGGACCUCUCCCCGCUCCUGAAAGCGGACGAUGACGAGAAGCGACCCCGCACCUCGAGCCUUGGCCAAGUGACCACCUCUGCCUAAUAAAAUAACAAAUUGCCCACCAAAGAAAAUUCAUUUAACAUCUGAAAUACCAAAGUUUUGUUUUCAACAAAUUUCGAUCCAGAAAGUGACAGACGUGUCACCAAAUUCUUUUUUCUUUAAUUCAUAUCAUUAAUUAAUUGAGGCGGUUAAAAUGAGGGGGGAAAAAGUGAUUUCAAUGAGGUGUUUUGGUCAGCAGGCUUCAUGAAGCGGCGUUUCGUUCUCAUCGCGACUUGUUCUGCUUUCUGACUUCUCCCUUAAGGGCUAAUAAUGAAUGUCGUGAUUGUAUCCAAUUUAACUGAAGUCGCCUUAAUUCAUUUUGUCGUAAUUGCGAGUACUGCAAACCAAACAGACGUUGUAUGUUUUCCACUGAGGAUGAAAGAUUUCUUGUGUUUCUGUGGUACCGCUUUACUAUAUUUAGGUCCGUUUCCUGGAUUGUACUCUUAAAAAGUCACAUGUGACUUUCUGUGAAGAACUAUGCAUUGUAAUGUACAACCAUGAUUUUUCAUUGUUCACUAAUACAACUGUACAACAAAUUUUUACUAACAAGUGUACAUGGCGGGAGGGAGAAAGUUUGUAAUAAAGAAUAUUUUUCAUGCAA